CACUUCUGUGCAUCGUGAGUGGUUUCCUGCCUAUCAUUUCGAAGAUACAGCAGCAUCCUUCCACAUGACUGACUUAUGCAAUUUUGGAUUGCAGAGACUGAAUACAUUUGGAACAAACAGGGGAAACCUACAGGAGUUCUUGUCGCCACCUUUGGUGAACUCUGCCCCUUUCCACCACAGACCUCCAAUGGCUGCUUCCCCAGCCAACAACUCAGUGAUGGUCCGCAGGCCUUUCCCUCUGUCUCAUGGAACAACAACCUUGGGUUUCAUCUUCCAAGGCGGUGUCAUUGCGGCUGCAGACACACGGGCCAGUGCCGGGGGACUUGUUGCCUGCCCAGCCGUUCACAAGAUCACCCCGAUUCACUCCCAUUUAGUGGUCACCUCCUCUGGAAGCGGUGCGGACUGCAUGCUGUGGGAACGAAUUCUAGCCAGAGAGAUCAGACUCUACCAACUGAGGCACAGACAUCGCCUUUCGAUACGAGGCACCGCCAAGCUCUUGUCAUUCAUGCUGCACCCCUUUAAAGGGACUGAAUUGUGUGUUGCUCUUACACUGUGUGGCUGGGAUGAGGAGACAGGUAACGGCAACUGUGCAAUGAGGUCAGAAGACUCAUCCUCUGCUGCUGAUGAUCGCUCCUUAGCUGUUGUCAGGAGACAGGACGUUACUUUGAGGGCACAUUCCACAUCGCCCAACAGUGGCCCGAGGCUAAUAUAUGUGUGCAGCGAUGGAGCCCGGCUGCAGGGGGACGUCUUCUCUGUGGGCUCUGGAUCUCCUUAUGCUUAUGGAGUCCUGGAUGGAGGACUAAGGUGGAGCCUAAGUAAAGAAGAGGCUGUCUCCUUGGCAAGGGAAGCAGUGUUCAGAGCCACUCACAGGGACGCCUACUCGGGGAACAGCGUGGACCUCUUCCACAUCACAGCCCUAGGCUGGAGCCAAAGGAAGAGAGAGGACCUGAGAGAGGAAUAUUACAGAGACAUGGAGGGAAGGGAGAAAAAAGCGGAGGAAAGAAAGAGAGGGACCGCAUCAGAGGAUUCGGGAUGAAGUAGAACAAUGUCGGUUCAGGAGGUGGCUGAGGGUAUAGUUUAGGUUUAGGAGUUUAGAAUCUCCCUCAAUUCAUCCACUUUUGUCAGAUAGCUAGAAUAAAUCUUUACUAUAAGUAUUUUCAAGCUUUUUUUAGCCUUCAUUCUAAAAUCUCAUGUUUUCAUCUAUCCUUUCAUCGCA